AUGCCUCCCGUCGGAUCUCGCCGCGCUUGUGACCGCUGUCAUUCGCUCAAGGAGCGAUGUCACUGGCGGCAGGACCAGGGCGCAUGUGCUCGUUGCCAGCGUCUUGGCUUUGAGUGUCUGGUUGAUCGUCCUGCCCGCAAACCUGGCCGCCCACGUCGUUAUGCCGCAGCAGUAACCAGGACACCGCCUACAGACAAUGCAAUGAGCCCGGGGAAAGGUCUUGGACUUGUCUAUUCCGCCUUGGGCCCCAUGGUCCCUCGGUGUCUGCCACUGUUCAACGACCUCACAUGCUCGGACCAGCGCCUCAUUCAGGACAGUCUGUUUGGCGAUGCCGCAUUGAAUGUCUUCCUAAUAGGCCCUACUUUUAAAGAGCAUCACCGUGGACUUCUUAUUUCUCACUUUGUCGUCUCGCGACACAUGCUGAAGGAGGCCUUCCUUGCCUUGGCUCUCGCCUUCGAACGCGACUCGGCACUGGCUCAACGCAACACCGAAGUACAAUACAAACACGCAUCCUCGGCCAUAAGAAAACUACGUGAAUACAAAGUUCGCAGCAGCCAUGGCGUCUCUGAGUGUCUAGCACUGGGCGCCCUUAUCAUAUCCUUUACACACUACCGCUCGUCAUCACCGGACUCGGCACCAAUCUGCAGGCAGACCCUCAGCUUGGUCAAGGACAUGUACGAGUCAGACGAAGACCUGGAACCGGAUGAUCUCGUCUUUGUUCCAUGCCUCAUAUUGCCCGAGAUAAUCGACUGUCUGAUGCAAGGGUCGGUGCCCACGUUGAGGUUCCGCUGCAGGCCCGGAGCCGAAGACUACGUCGACCGAUAUACCGGUCUCUUCUGUCCGAUGCUUCCGAGCUUGUACGACAUUUGUGAGCUCAACAAUGCUCUGUCACAUGCAGACCAUCAAGAUUUGCAUGACAUAUUGGAAGCUAUUGAUCGCAUCGAGCUGACGGUGACGGCCUGGCAACCACACAUCCCAGAAGGCUUUGCCACCCGCUUCACGACAAAUGAGGUCUCUCACAUGCUCUGUCAGGCCCAGGUGGUCAGACUAGGAGCCCUUCUUCUCAUUCAUCGCCUACGAUAUCCUUUUGGCACAAACAACGGCCCAGCACUAGCCCUAGCGACCGCCAUUCUCACGCAACUUGACUUGACGCGAGCCGCAACCAACCACAGCAUAUUAUCCAUCACAUUACCAUUACUGGCGGCAUGUUUCGAGAUCAAGGAGGAGGCAGACAGGAAUAUGUGGCUCUUGAGGAUACCGAGCCUGGUGGGCUAUUCUGUCGACUUUUCACGGCAUCUGCAGAACCAUAUGACAAGGUUCUGGGAGCUACUCGAUGAUGUGGAGGUUGUAUCUUGGUAUAAUAUUAGGGAGAUGGUUCAGCUUUAUAAUUGA